AUGAAUCCAAGCAUCAAUAUUGUUCUGGUGCAUCUCAAUUAUUGUACAUGGAACUCAAGUUUGAAGUCUAUUUGGAAUUUAAAGCCAAGAUUCCAAAAUUGGAGAGGCAUUUUGACAUUCCCUUCUACUGGGGAAUCAUCACCUGAUGUUGCCACUAAUGCUGGUAGUAUAGAUUGGUUAGGUCAUGGUCAAGGGCAGGGGUCAAAAGUAGGUUCCCUAUCUCGAAUUGGUUCACAGCCCAUGUGGAUUUCAUUGAGUGCAAGUGUUUGUGGUUCAGUUCUUGGCUCAUCUCAUCCUUCAUGUAGACCAUGGGAAAGGGGUGAUCUUUUAAGGAGAUUGUCCACAUUUCAGCCUACAAAUUGGUUUGGAAAGCCUAAGUUUUGUGCUACUAGUUUUCUUUCCUAUGCAAGAAGAGGUUGGGUGAAUGUGGAUAUUGAUAAGAUUGAAUGUGAGUCUUGUGGUGCCACCUUGAAAUACGUUGCACCAGAUUCAUGGACUCCUACAGAAUGUGAUAUUUGCUAUAAUUUGGCUUACAUGUAUUAUAUUUUUGUUUCUAGGACUUGA